CUCCAGGGUACACAAGCGAGCACAUCGUAAGCGCACUCCGCUCUUCCACCCGUGGACGCCGCUUACUCACUGCCUCUUCUUCUCCUUACGCAUCGGAACCCUAAUCGCCUUCUCAUUUGCCACUUCUCCUCUCCUCACCUGCGCCCCACUCUCCCUGUCCUCUGCUCCCUCACCCGUUUUGAAGGAUUUCCGAUCGACAACGAACGACCGACGGAUCGAUCGAUUCGAAGGAGGUCAACGCUGGCGGAAGCUAAGAUCAGGUGAUGGCGGGUCCGCGCCUGUUCCUGUCUAGAAACAGCGCCGCUUCGGUAAGAUCGACUUCGGAGAUUGUUGUCGAAGCGUUGCUGUUAGGGUUUGAUAUUGGGAGGGAGGAAUUGGAUCGUGGGGAAGUAUGCUGACUGUCCUCCGCGUUCAUCUUACGUCGGAGAUCCCCGUCGUUGGAUGCGAGAUCACGCCUUAUGUUCUCUUGCGCCGGCCCGAUGGUUCCAUCUCGAAUGAUGAUGUUCCUGAGUCCACACCGCUACAUGGAUACUGCGUGAGAUAUAGGUGGUACCGAAACUUUGGUGACCAAAAAUUUGCCAUAUGCAGUAUACAUCCAACUGAGCAGGCAACUUUACAAUGCUUGAUUUGUCUCAAGGAGAAAGUGCCUAUUUCCAAGAGUUAUCAUUGUAGUCCUAGGUGUUUCUCUGAUGCUUGGCAAAAUCAUCGUGCAUUGCAUGACCGAGCCAAAAAAAUACUAAAUGAAAAUGGAGCUGAUGAGGAAGAGGUGUUUGGACGCUUGAAUGUAAGCGGAUCUGGUAGUUUUAGCGCAGGCUUAUCUGCUGUUACAUCAAAUUCUGGCUCAGUAUCUUUAUAUCCUACAACUGUUGCUGAUAAAAGUGGGGAAGCCUGGUCUGAAGUUGGUUUUUCUAGGACAUACACACCAACAGCUGAAGAUAUUAAUCAUGUUCUCAAGUUUGAAUGUGUGGUAGUAGAUGCAGAAACAAGAGCAACUAUUGGAAAUGUGAAUACUGUAUUGACAUCACGAGUAAUUCCAGCCCCCUCACCUACUCCACGACGAAUGAUUGCUGUGAAUGGAGAUCCCUUGGCUCAAUUAGAUCUAGAUGGGCGAAUAUCGGCUGGGACUUUCUCUGUGCUCUCUUAUAAUAUCCUCUCUGAUGUGUAUGCCACAAGUGAGGUGUAUAACUACUGCCCAACUUGGGCCCUCUCAUGGUCCUACCGGAGACAAAAUUUGUUGCAGGAAAUUAUUGGUUAUCAUGCUGAUAUACUUUGUCUCCAAGAGGUCCAAAAUGAUCAUUUUGAGGAAUUCUUUGCUCCAGAACUUGAUAAACAUGGGUAUCAGGCACUUUACAAGAAAAAAACUUCAGAGAUCUAUAGUGGCAACCCAAAUACUGUUGAUGGCUGUGCUACAUUUUUCCGCAGAGACAGGUUUUCACAUGUCAAAAAGUAUGAGGUUGAGUUCAAUAAGGCUGCACAAUCAUUGACAGAUAUUGCGAUUCAAGCAGGUCAAAAGAAAGUUGCUUUGAAUCGUCUUGUAAAGGAUAACAUUGCGCUGAUUGUGGUUCUAGAAGCAAAAUUUAGUAACCAUGGCACUGAUAAUCCUGGAAAAAGACAGCUCAUUUGUGUUGCAAACACCCAUGUAAAUAUCCAUCAUGAACACAAGGAUGUUAAGCUUUGGCAGGUUCAUACCCUUUUAAAAGGUUUGGAGAAAAUCGCUGUUAGUGCAGAUAUUCCUAUGUUGGUCUGUGGAGAUUUCAACUCUUUACCAGGAAGCACCCCUCAUGCCUUGCUUGCAAAUGGAAAAGUUGAGCAUUUGCAUCCAGACUUGGCCGUAGAUCCCUUAGGGAUACUUCAUCCUACACACAAGAUAACUCAUCAACUACCAUUGGUUAGUGCAUACUCAUCAUUUGCAAGAAUGUCAGGAGUUAGCCCUGGGUUAGAGCAACAGAGAAGGAGAAUGGAUGCCACAACGCAUGAACCCUUGUUUACAAAUUGUACCAGGGAUUUCAUUGGCACUGUAGAUUAUAUAUUUUACACAGCUGACUCUUUGUCAGUGGAAUCUCUAUUGGAGCUAUUGGAUGAGGAAAACCUUCGCAAGAACACUGCUAUUCCUUCGCCGGAAUGGUCAUCCGACCACAUAGCACUUCUGGCCGAAUUUAGGUGCAAACCUAGAAUUAGACGAUAAAAAUUAGUGAGUGAAGUUCCUUUUCUAUCAUGUUUCAUUCAUUGGUCCAUUGAUUAAUUAUGUACGCUGCAUUCCUUCUGAAGAGAGGAUGAUCAUGUCUGUGAUUGUAGAAAAUACCAUGCAGAUCAGUUAGCAUAUUUAAGAAAGGACAGAUUAUUCUGGUAUCAGAAAGUAAUGGUAUUGUGACAACAAAUAAUUUGAUCUCUAGAAAUUGUUUCUUGCUUGAUCA